UGCUUGUAUGGUUGGCUCCAUACUCCAUAGCCCACACGCUCGGCAGAUGACAAAACACACGGGAGUGUGCGCAUACGUUCCAAAUAUCGAAUUGAACUUAUAAAUUUUUGGCGGGAAAACAACAAACAUUACGAUUUAUGUUUAAAUUCACUUCACGUGUUUGUGAUCUGGUUAAUUUUAUUUUUCCUAUGUGAUAUUUUUUACUUCGAAUAUGAGACCAGGAGUUAUUACAACUGUGAUACUGCUCUUCCAUCUCUCAUGGGAAGAGGUCUCAGGCACCCAGUUCGUAUCCCACGUCCGUGUGACCACACCGGCGCAUAGCUACGCACAUGGCGUCGGUGAUCCGUUACCAGUUCUGGAGAGAAGAAGCUCACACCAUUCUCGUCGACCACCUAUACGGGAUUUGAGAACGUCCCAGGUAACACAAGCUCAGUACGGUGGUUACCCAAAGCUGAAACCGUUGAUACCAUUUAACGCAGAAGAACCAUCACACACCAAAAUUUCACCAUGGCAGCAAGUGUUACAUAAUGCAGAAACAAUACCUGUGUUGCCACCUUCGCCGUACAAAGUGGACUCUCCAGACCCAGAAUCUCUAUGGCCUGUUGGACUAUUCCUACCGCCCUUGAAACCGCCGAGCUUCAAUAUAAAACGACGAUCGAGUACUGGUGACUACAUAAAUCCUGGUGUUCAUGAUGAAGAAUCCAAUUACAAUGAUCCAUAUUUUCUACAAGGUUCAGAGGCAUUAGCAGCAGUGGAGAAAGCAAGAUUGCAUGGAAAAUUAUACUUUCACGAUAUUCCUCAUAUAACAUCUCUUUUGGCGAAUCAAGAACUACGUAUUAAAAACAAUCUUAAACCUAAUAGAAUUGGAAGCAUUCGACAAAGUUGGCCAUACAAUAGGGUGUAAAAUUUUAAUAUAAAAUGUUAGGAUUAUAUGUAUAUAAUUG